GGCGGAGGCGGGGGCUCGCGGCGCCGUUGACACCCGAGGAAAAGAGGGAGGAGGGAGAGUGCGUUUCAUCAUCGGCGGCGGCGGCGGCCACUUAUAAAACUUCUGGCCGCGCACCCUCUCGCUCAGUGUCCGCGCUGCGCGCCUCGUCUGGCCCCGCCGCCGCGCUCGCCACCCACCCCCGGCCGCGCCAGCCCCGGGCGCCCGGCCCCUGCUCGCGCCGGCUGCCCGUCCUGGACCCUGCUGCCGCCGCCGCCGCCCGCCCCGCCGCUGCCGCCACCAUGGGGCUCCAGGCCGAACCCGGCGUGCGCCCGGACGGCGACGCCUCCUCGCGCCGAGCCGGCCUCUGUCCCCGCUCCAUCUGCAGCAACAUUAAGGUGUUCGUGCUCUGCCAUGGCCUCCUGCAGCUCUGCCAGCUGCUGUACAGUGCCUACUUCAAGAGCAGCCUCACCACGAUUGAGAAGCGCUUCGGCCUCUCUAGCUCUUCCUCGGGUCUCAUUUCCAGCUUGAAUGAGAUCAGCAACGCCAUCCUCAUCAUCUUUGUCAGCUACUUCGGUAGCCGGGUGCACCGUCCACGGCUGAUUGGCAUUGGGGGUCUCCUCCUAGCUUCAGGGGCCUUCGUCCUCACCCUCCCACACUUCCUCUCAGAGCCCUACCAGUACACCCUGGCCAGCGUCGGGAACAGUAGCCGCUUCCAAGCCGAGCUCUGUCAGAAGCAUGGACAGGACCUGUCCCACAGCAAGUGCCAUGGCACCACCCAGGACCUCCAGAAGGAGACCAGCAGCAUGUGGGGUCUCAUGGUGGUCGCCCAGCUGCUGGCAGGCGUUGGGACAGUGCCCAUUCAGCCAUUUGGGAUCUCCUAUGUGGACGACUUCUCGGAGCCCAACAACUCACCCCUCUACAUCUCCAUCUUAUUUGCCAUCUCUGUGUUUGGACCGGCUUUCGGGUACCUGCUGGGCUCUGUCAUGCUGCAGAUUUUCGUGGACUACGGCAGGGUGGACACAGCUGCGAUUAACUUGAGCCCCAGAGACCCCCGAUGGAUUGGAGCCUGGUGGCUGGGCCUGCUCAUUUCCUCGGCUUUCUUGGUUCUCACCUCUUUACCCUUUUUUUUCUUUCCUCGAACAAUGCCCAGAGGAGAGGAGAGGUCUGUUGCCAGAGUGGACAGCGCGAGGAAGAUGGAGAUCAAGCCAGGAGGCUCCCUGGUGGACUUCAUUAAAUGCUUUCCCCGCAUCUUCCUAAGGCUGCUGAUGAACCCGCUGUUCAUGCUGGUGGUGCUGGCCCAGUGCACCUUCUCCUCCGUCAUUGCUGGCCUCUCCACCUUCCUCAACAAGUUCCUGGAGAAGCAGUAUGGCGCCUCCGCAGCCUACGCCAACUUCCUCAUUGGUGCCGUGAACCUCCCCGCUGCAGCCUUGGGGAUGCUGUUUGGUGGAAUCCUCAUGAAGCGGUUUGUUUUCUCUCUGCAAACCAUUCCCCGUGUGGCUGCCACCAUCAUCACCAUCUCCAUGAUCCUCUGUGCCCCUCUCUUCUUCAUGGGCUGUUCCACCCCAGCCAUAGCAGAGAUCUACCCCCCCAGCACAUCAAACUCCGUACGCCCGCAGCCUCCUGCUUGCCGCAGAGACUGCUUGUGCCCGGACUCCAUCUUCCACCCAGUCUGCGGAGACAAUGGAGUAGAGUACCUCUCCCCGUGCCAUGCCGGCUGCAGCGACAUCAACAUCAGCUCUGCAGCCUCCAAGCAACUGACCUACUUGAACUGCAGCUGUGUGACCGGAGGAUCUGCUGCGGCACAGUCGGGGUCGUGUCCCAUCCCCUGCGCCCACUUCCUGCUCCCGGCCAUCUUCCUCAUCUCCUUCGUGGCCCUCAUAGCCUGCAUCUCCCACAACCCACUCUACAUGAUGGUUCUGCGUGUGGUGAACCAGGAAGAAAAGUCAUUUGCCAUCGGGGUACAGUUCUUGCUGAUGCGCCUGCUGGCCUGGCUGCCAUCCCCAGCCCUCUACGGCCUCACCAUCGACUACUCCUGUAUCCAGUGGAUCUCGCAGUGCUCAGGGAGGCGAGGGGCCUGCGCCUACUAUGACAACGAUGCUCUCCGAGACAGGUACCUGGGCCUACAGGUGGGUUACAAGGCACUGGGCAUGCUGCUGCUCUUCUUCAUCAGCUGGCGGGUGAAGAAGAACAAGGAGUACAAUGUGCAGGAGAAGGCGGCAGGCCUCAUCUGAUCCUUGACCCUCAGCCCAGCAGCGGCCCUGCUCCAGAAGUGGCCCCUGCUCUUCCACUCCUACCUGGAUUUACUAAUGCCAAUGCAUCAUUUCCUUUUUGUUUUUUAAAUAAGAAAGAAAACUCCAGCCACCACCUGCCUUCCCAGGCUUCUCCUCCUGAAGGCCCUCCCCCGGGAUUCCCUGGGGCCACUUUGCACUUGGGCUAGGUGGGCUGCAUCUUCCCUGGCUCCUUGUGGGGAAUGGGGCACAUGCCCACAGUCUCCUCAGGUCUGAUGAGGAUGCCCACUGAGGCAGCUCCUGCCCCUCACCAGCCCUAUUUCCUAAGUGGAGAGAGACAAGCGGUCUCUACCCAGAGGGAAAAGGGAGGGAGUAAGUUAUUAAUGGCUGGAGCCAGGCCAAGCUGCAGGCCCCUUUGGGUCUGGGUUCAGCAUCAGCCCAGAAUUUAGGAGGGGCUGGCUCCCUUCCCCUCAGAUCCUCACCUCCUGCCCAGAGAGGCUAUUGUGGAAGCUGCCAUGUUGGGAAGUACGGCCAGUUGGUCCCCUCUCAGGUACCCACCCUCGGGCACCAGCGCAGGAACUAAGAUACCCGAGGAUGGGUCAUCCAAGUGCUGUUCACAUAACUCUAGACCCUUCUGUACUUGUGUCUGCACAUGUUUAUCUCUGUCUUUCUGGGGGUACAUUUCAAACUUAGAAAGCCAAACUGGGGUGAAGACCUGAGGAGGGCUGUGAAGUGGUCAUGAUGCCCAUCCUCUCACCACCACAGUGUGGGGCUGUGACCCCUCAUCUCAGAGUGAUGAGAAGACGCUCCCCAAAUUUCCCUUGGAGCUGAUGAGACAGCUUCACAUGGGCUUCCCAGUCUGGACUUCAGCUUGUAUGCUGAGGAGUAAGAGAGGCAUCUGAGACGUGUGCAAAGCAAGUGACGAAGCUGAGGGAAUGUCAGAUUCUGCCAAGCUGGAUGGAGAGCCGCAGCCACAACACAGAGGCCGGCCUGGUUGGCUUUCCUGGUUUCAAACAUGCGUGUAUUUGUCACCAUUUUCUCAGCCUCUUCCCGCUGCCUCCAGAGAGGGUGCCCUCUGUGGGCCUGCACGGAGAGAUACCACUGCUGGGCGGUACAGGUUCAGAGUUAGAAGUCAGUGAGAGAGGUCUUUCAUCAACAAAUACACAGUUGAUUGGAGACUGACUUUGUGCAUGGGCAUGGCUCCCCACCGGGCUCUCCUGAGACCUCCCCUCACCUCCCUCUGUCUACACAGCCCCUCCCAGAGCACACUCAGUGUGUAGGCCUGGGGGAGGCACAGCAGGAACCCAGAGAUUGUCAAGCUCUUGACCAUCUAUGCCCCCGCAGACCCACACUGCACCUGGCACUUUGCCGGCAGAGACCUGGCUCCCUGUGGCCUCGGGAGCAGCUGGGCACUAGCCAUUGCCACACGUGGCUCUCUUGAGUGUCCUCCUCUUGGAAGAUGCCUCCAGAAGCAUGCCAGAUGCCACCUCCAGAAGGGCCUCAUAUGGUGGUGAGCCAGAAAUGUACGUCAACCAGCAAACUGCCAUGACACUAACACCUUUGUGAAACCCACUGUUACAGACAGCCUUAGUUCCGAAGAUCUCACUCAGGAAGGGAGGUUCAAUGCAACCUCAGGUGCCAGUUUCAGCAUUUAAAAUGGUUCUGCUUGGAAAAUGAUUCCCUGUAACUAACCCUGGUUCUCCUUGCUGCAGUUAACCAAAUUCUGAAGGCACUGCCUUCUUCCCCUGAGCUCCUGAACAGUGAAUGCCAACCUUCAGAUUCUGGAAGAUUGGCUGCCCUCCCACACCUUUAUUCUAUUAUGAUAUUGCUAUUAAUAUAUUAUAAUUUUGCUAUUGA